GGAUGGGCCAGAUUCCAAGUUUCCGGGUUUGGCAGGAAUUUCGUCGCGUAAAAAAGCACUGUGCAUGUCUAAAAUCAACAUCUAAACCCAUGAUAAUUGCGAUCCAGGCUUCUAUAUCACGUUUUCCCCCCAAUACCCCCAUCACGGUUCAACUACCCGGGCUCGGUUCCUUUUUUAAAAAAAUCUCUCGGGAUCUUUUGUUGGUUAGCUCAUCUUGACUACCACUAUGGGGGCCUGGCAUAUUUGGAAGAUCUCUACUUAUCGUCAAUGCGCCACGUUUAUAAUGCGCCACUAUGUCGAGCCGUUCACCAUUAGACCACCGUGGCUCACACAUCUGCCACUAGGAAACAGAUAUUCGGCAAUCUUACCAUCAGCACGGUAGUAAAAACUCUAAAGGCUCUACCUGGU